UUUAUUCUGGACCGGUGGUGUCACCGUUUUCAGUUUCUCUAGAUUUUGUGCGUACACUUGGGUCAGAGUUUCCAUGAAGGUAGAAACAUUUUCCCGUCAAGUUUGGUUUUCAUAAAUACCGAAAGUUGGCAAUAAUUGCUGUUCGCUGGUUUUUGUACCUACACCAUCUUUAUAAAUGAGGUAGUGGGUGAUGCAGGAGGAUGAAGAUUAGUUGUGUUUCUCUGAAACUUUAAUGGUGUCAGACAUGGAGGCACAUCUUUAUUAUUAUUUUGUGUUUUCAUUCAUCUGUUUGUUGUUCUGUUUGUACUUUUUCCUCAUGUUUCUCCUCUGUGUCGGUUUGUACACGGUCUCUAACUCAGGACCAUUUAUGGGCUUUUAGCUGCAACUUCACCUGCAUUUUACCUGAUCUUUAUCUACACGAGGAAACAGUAAACUGGGAGCAUGGCUGCUUAUUUACUGGAUGAAGAUGAUCUGCUGGUUUUUAAUCUCAGUUCUGGCCUCCAGCAGCUCCUGUAAAAUCCCCAACCCUCCUCCUACAGCAGGACAGACAAACAUCACAGCUGAACCUGGACAUGACGUCUCUCUGCCAUGUAGAGCUGGACAUGAUGGAGACAUCAUAUCUGUACACUGGAUCAGACCUGAUCUGGAUCCAGAAUAUGUUCUUUUGUAUAGAAAUGGACGUUUUAAUCUCUUCCACCAGCAUCCAUCUUUCCAGAACCGGGUGGAUAUUCAGGACAGACAGAUGAAGGAUGGAGACGUGUCUCUGAUUCUAAAGAAUCUGACAAUUAAUGAUACAGGAACAUAUGAAUGUAGAGUCUUACAGAAAGGAACAAACACCGUGUUCACAAAGUCCAUCAUCCAUCUGGAAGUUUCUCCUCCAGGUACAACACAGGAUGGAGGAGACAAGGAUGGAGGAGACAAGGAUGGAGGAGACAACGAUGGAGGAGACAAGGAUGGAGGACACAACGAUGGAGGAGACAAGGAUGGAGGACACAACGAUGGAGGAGACAAGGAUGGAGAAGGCAAGGAUGGAGAUGAUGAGGAUGUUAAGUGGAUGUGGAUAAAUGGAUUUAGUCUCCUCUGCAUCAGAAGGGAUUUUAACUCUUCCUCUUCGUUCCAACCAGAUCCAGUUACAUGUAAAACCAGUAACAUAAAGGUUUGUUACCUGCUGCAUGUUUUACCAUCAAGCUGAUCAGAAGCUGCUGUUUGUGUUUGUACAACGACCACUUUACAACUGGACCGUGUAGGUGAGGGUUUUCUCUCUGGUGUCCUCUGGUUGGGGAGGACCAUAAGACCAGAACGAAUGUGUUCUGGCUGAGUCCUGUCCUCCCAUAAAGCCAAAGUUACAUUAACAACAUGCAGCCCUACUUUCUUCUUAAAACAGGGACGACGUGUGGACAUCAAUCACAUGGCUAAUAAAGCUAACCUUGAACCUUGAACUUUGAUGGCUCAAAAUGUUCAAAGCUUCUUUGAGGGGCUCCGUUGGGGGUCCCAGUCCCCAGGUUGGGAACCACUGCUCUGCACUUUGUGUUUUGUGACUGUGUGACUUUGUGAAGUGAGAGCAGUGAAUCUCACACAAUGAAUCUCUGUGUUGAGGUGGAUCAGUGAUCCUGCAGAGUCCUGUCCUCCCUGUGAUGGAGGGAGAUGACCUCACUCUGAGCUGUCAAUCAAAGCCUCCCUCCAACCUCCCAGCUGCUUUCUAUAAAGAUGGCUCCCUCAUCAGGACUGAGUCUACAGGUCACAUGACCCUCCACCAUGUUACCAGGUCUGAUGAAGGUCUCUACAGGUGUAGCAUCAGCAGUCAUGGAGAGUCUCCACCCAGCUGGAUCUCCAUACACACACCUUUCUCACAACACACAGCCUUUAUACCCCAGAUAGACCUAAACUGGCUCACACAGACCGUUUCCAUGCCAACUCACCCCACUCCACACCUAAUUAUUAUGUCCCCAUAUGUAAAUGUAUGUACGGCCCACGUUUUCAUAUUUAUUGUUCUUAAUGACUUUUUUCUUUGCUGAUUUAGUGUAAAGCUGCUUGUGUGUCUUUAAUCACCUCUCAGGACAUUAGAGUAAAUAAUCUUCAUGUGUUUCAUGCUG